AUGAAUAACUCGGAUAUUUGGAAUCCCAAUGUUGUCCUUGCACUAGGACUUCCCCAAAUGUUUAUUAAUGUGGUCUCAGUGAUCUUCAACUGUGCUGUUAUUGUUACUAUAACUUUGUCAAAACAGCUUACUCAUCCCAUCUUCAUUCUUUUUUGCAACUUGGCUAUAUCAGAUCUUCUGGUGAGUUUAUCUGGAUUUUGGAUCUCUUUGCAGUUCAUUACUGAUCCAGAUAGCACCAUAUUUGGCUCUUGGGAAGUCCUUUUUGCAUAUGUUGCUUAUACUAUCUCUGUUUUGUCUACAAUAUACAAUUUAGUUGGUAUUGGAAUAGAACGCUAUUUGACAGUGUCUGGGGUUAAAAGACGCAACUGUGGUGUUUCCAGAAAGGAGAUCUUGUGUGCAGCAUUCAUCAUCUGGGUAAUAGCUAUAUUUUUUGGUUCACUGCCACUUUUGGGAUGGGAUUGUUUGAAAAAGGAUGGCAAUGUGUCUACUCUUUAUCGACCUUUUUGUGUUGACUAUUUAUUAUUUAUUUCUGUACCUAACUGUGUCAUUGCAUUUGUUCUUCCUCUGAUUACUUAUAUUGGAAUCAUUUUAAAGAUAAGGAAGCAGAAGAUCUGUAUGCAGGCUCAUGGACAGCUUAAUGGUACCCACAGAGCAGCAGAAAUGCAGGUAGCCAGAACCUGCAUCUUCAUCUGGAUAUUAGCUCUUAUAUCAUAUGCUCCUCUUUUUGGAGGAGUCAUUUGGGAUGUCACCAUUGCAAGUUGUCCAGAGGACUUGCGGAAAAAUGCAUUUGUGUUCCGAAACCUCAGUGCUACGAUGAUCACGCUAAAUUCUAUUGGUAAUCCUAUUAUAUACACUCUCAAAUUAAAAAACCUAGGCGACAGUUUCAUGUUUUGCAAGUGCAAGCAAUCAAGCAAUCAAAUAUCAGCCGAGACAAAUGCAAAUAUCUGA